CUCUGGUGGCACCUGCGUCAAGAAGACAGAAGCAAGAAGAUCGUGUCAUUUUCAUUGUAAAGAACAGUGGCGCUUGCUAUGACAGCUAGCUGGUAGUUGGAGUGUUGUGGGAUCGCUUUGGAAGGCAUCACAAGUUACCCUUGAUCGAUCUUGAUUGACGAGAAAGUUGACACUCUCUCGAAACAUAUUAGUCCUACUUUACCAAGCAAAAGGUGCCAGGAAGCUGAAUAAUUUUAAUCCUUCGGAACGACUAGACUUCCAUUUUCUCCCCAAGAAUUCUUUGAUUGCUACCGGCUCUUUCACCAUGUUUGUUAAUCGGCUUGCAUCGCUAUCGGCCAAGCAGCUGCGAACGCAACGCUCCUCUUGGCUUCGAUUGAAGCAGCAGCAGCCUUGUUUGUCCUUUUCUUCCAGCGUCAAGGAUGAUCAUGACCUCAGUGACGACGAUGACGCCAAGCCGAAAGAUGCAUUUGGCGGGUCCAGCUAUCAAUGGGAAGAUCCGUUUCGUCUGCGCAAUCAGCUAAACGACGAAGAAGUGGCUGUUUGGGAUGCAGCCAGAGCCUUUUGUGACGGAGAACUCAUGCCAGGCAUUACCGAAGCCAAUCGACAUGAAAUUCCAUGUGAUAAACCCAUGAUGAAGAAAAUGGGAGAGGUGGGAAUGUUGGGACCUACGAUUCCCCCUCAGUACGGUGGAGCUGGACUUGGAUAUGUCAGUUAUGGGCUCUUAGCAACUGAAGUGGAACGAGUUGAUUCUGCCUAUCGCAGUGCCAUGUCGGUUCAAUCCUCCCUUGUAAUGUACCCCAUUUUUGCCUAUGGCUCAGAAGACAUGAAGAGAAAGUAUUUGCCAGAGCUAGCUUCCGGGGACAUGAUUGGGUGCUUUGGGUUGACAGAACCCAACCAUGGGUCGGAUCCAUCCUCCAUGGAAACCAGAUCCAGGUUUGAUGCCGGCACCAAUGAAUUUGUUCUGAAUGGUAGCAAGAAUUGGAUCACCAACUCACCCAUCGCAGACGUUUUUGUGGUCUGGGCCAGGAAUGAACAAGGCAAGAUUAGAGGAUACGUGGUGGAGAAAGGAACACCUGGGCUGGAAGCUCCCAAGAUUGAAGGCAAAUUCAGUCUACGAGCAUCUGCUACAGGCAUGAUCUUCAUGGAAGAUGUUAGAAUUCCCAAGGAAAAUGAAUUCCCUCUCGUGGAAGGACUUGGAGGACCAUUUGGAUGCUUAAACAAUGCCAGGUAUGGCAUCGCAUGGGGAGCCCUGGGUGCAGCUGAAUUCUGUAUGCACACAGCUCGUGACUAUUGCUUGGAGCGGAAGCAAUUUGGGUCUCCUCUGGCGGCGAAUCAGUUGAUCCAAAAGAAACUGGCAGACAUGUCAACUGAGAUUGCUUUGGGUCGACAAGCGUGUCUCCAGGUGGGUCGUUUGAUGGAAGCUGGGAAUGCCAAGCCAGACAUGGUGUCCAUGAUCAAGCGCAAUAGUUGUGGCAAGGCCCUAGAUAUGGCACGAACAGCACGUGAUAUGCUUGGUGGCAACGGCAUCUCUGACGAGUACCAUGUGAUUCGGCAUGUCAUGAACCUAGAAGCAGUCAACACUUACGAAGGCACACACGACAUUCAUGCCCUCAUCUUGGGCCGUGCCAUUACCGGUAUCCCAUCGUUUGUCCCCCGUAUGAGUUAAGGGAACGAGGAAAUUCACAUGAAUCAUUCGAUUCGAUUCAAUCCAUGAUGUCUCUUUGCACGAGGAUAGACUGACAUAAUAUAUAAAAAGACGUAGAGCAGCAUCGCAUGCCAAUAAGCAAUACUGUAGAGACUGUUUGCUUCUGAAGGCAAUGGGCUAGCUAUGAACUACGGUACAGAUUGCAUUACCGAGACUGAGCCCUCUUGGUUUUUGGCUGUGGGGACUGGGAGGAGCGAAAGACGCCGCAACAACCCGCCCUUUCCUCAAUCUUCUUCAUCAGAUUGGCGUCCCUUGUUCUGCUAAAGCAUGUAUGAAAGUGGCUGCAAAUAAUAGCACUCUGCUUGGCUGAGUCAAUCAAGAAUGGAAGCAAGCAAUCCAUCCAAUUACAUGUAGUUCUGUGACUGUGACUCUAGACUCUUUAGCCUCCUCGUACUACCAGCCGGUACUUGCAACUGUGGCGGGAGUACCAGUAGUGUCUCCAGAUCCAAGAAUUUGACAACUUGGCACAUACAUAGUGCGCUUCUGGCACGAAUCUCUUAUCUUUGCAAAAAUCGCAAAAGGACAGUUCCAACGGAGUUCACACCCGGAUAGUACUGGUGACAGCGGCAGAGGUGGUACCAGAACCCGGUUUGAUCCAAGCAAAACCAAGACCAAAACUAUAGCCAGCCUCAGGCUCUAAUAACUACGGUAUCUACCUCGCUGGCCAGCUACAAUGUAGAGAGAAACUCGAUGUACCGGUAGCCUUGCAUUCAACUCACUGCUAUGCUUGGUGCAAUGCGUUUUGGUUAUUCUUGGUAGCUGCUCCUCGUCAUCUCGGAUCUUUAAAUCGGGACAGAUGGAACACCAUGCAUGGAACGAGGACCUUUUGACGCGUCUUCCGAUGCCAAGGGGAAGGGAGG